ACAUCAGCCAACCUGUUGGCUCUAUAUGCGUAAGUACGUACGCACGUUGCGUCAGUGAGCCGCAUACACACACACACACAGACAUCAUGGCGGACGUACUGGACCUUCAUGAAGCGGGAGGCGAGGACUUUCCUAUGGAUGAGGAUGGUGAUGAAAGCAUCCACAAGUUGAAGGAGAAAGCCAAGAAGAGGAAAGGACGAGGCUUUGGCUCAGAGGAAGGAGCCAGGUCCAGAAUCAAAGAGGACUAUGAUACUGUGGAACAAGACGGGGAUGAGCCAGGCCCUCAGAGAUCUGUGGAGGGCUGGAUCCUGUUUGUGACAGGGGUUCAUGAAGAGGCCACAGAGGAAGACAUCCAUGACAAGUUUUCUGAAUUUGGAGAAAUCAAGAAUCUGCAUCUCAACCUUGACCGCAGAACAGGCUACCUCAAGGGAUAUGCACUGGUGGAGUAUGAGACAUACAAAGAGGCCCAGGCAGCCAUGGAAGGGCUCAACGGUCAGGACCUGAUGGGCCAGCCUAUCAGUGUUGACUGGGGAUUUGUCAGAGGGCCCCCCAAGAACAAGAGGAGGACUGGUGGACGGAGACGCAGCAGAAGUCCGGACAGGAGGCGGCGUUGAUUUUGGCAGUUGUCAUUGGCCAGAAGAGUUGUCUGUCACUUUAACAGGCAGUUUAUAAUCCUCUCAUAAGAAGCUAAUUACAGAGUUUUUGUACAAUAUUUUGGUGUAACAGUUGUUAUGGCAUCUAGUUGUGCAUUUUCAAAUACCAAGAUAAGGAAUUGAUGAAUAACAAAAGAAUAAAUUGGCAAUAUUUUCAGUUUUUCUGUGAAUUGCUUAUGCUGCUGUACACUGCAACAGAAGUCUAUCCAUUCAGCUGUCAGUAAAACUAGAUUUUACUUUCAACACCAACUUUUAGGUAGUCCACGUUUAUGGUUUUCAUGAUUCCCUCAAAAAUGUUGUUUAGGUUUGCUCAAUGUUAUGUGCAUUUUAUUGUGCUGGAGUGUUUUAUUUUAUAUUGCUUGGGGGAAAUUAAACUUUUUAAAAGGUAAA